GCGGCGGUAGACACGGAGGACGGCUCGCAGGUGGCGGUGAAGAAGAUGCGUAAUCUGUUCGGUCAUCCUAUUGACGCCAAGCGUGCGUUGCGUGAGCUCAAGAUCCACGCGCAGCUCUCACACCCAACGUGCUCUCUGUCCUCGACAUCAACAGGAUUGCGCCCGAGGAGGCCGACUCGUUCGAGCAGCUGUAUCUGGCGACGGAGAAGAUGGACACCGAUCUGCAUCGCAUCAUCCAGUCGCCGCAGGAGCUGACCGACCAGCACUACGCCUUUUUCAUGUACCAGCUCCUCUGCGGGCUCAAGUACAUCCACUCGGCAGGCGUCAUCCACAGAGACCUCAAGCCUGCGAACCUGCUUGUGGACGCGCAGGCGACGCUCAAGAUCUGCGACUUUGGCCUCGCCCGCAUCACCCGCGACAACGAGGACGCCUUUGCACCGCAGAUGACGGCGUACGUGGUGACGCGCUGGUACCGCGCGCCCGAGGUCAUCCUCGACCACACCGCGUACGGGACCAAGGUCGACCUCUGGGCCGCCGGCCUCAUUCUUGCAGAACUGCUUGCCGGCCGGCCCUUCCUUAAGGGCCGCAACGAGAUGGACCAGAUCAAGCUCAUCCUCAACUUUAACGGCCCGCCCAAGCCCGAGACCGUCGCCCGCAUCUCCAACCGCCGCGCCCGCACCUUUGUCGAGAACUACACCUUCCCAGCCGGCUCGCCGCGCCCGCUCGCAGAGUACUUCCCCAAGGCCUCAGAGUCGGCGCUCGACCUCCUCGGCAAGCUCCUCGCCUUUGACCCGCGCGAUCGCAUCUCGGCCGCCGAAGCCCUCGAGCACCCGUUCCUUGCCGAGUACCGCGACGCCGAGUUUGAGACUGAGGCCGAGUCGACCUUUACCGAGUUUGACUUUGAGCGCGCUCCACUCACAAUCCCCACCAUCCGCCGACUCAUCUACAACGAGAUGCUGCGGUUCCAUCCCGAUCUUGGCGAGUACGAUGCCACCGGCGACCUACCGCUGACCGACGACGAGCGCGCCGCCGUCGCCGCCAUGGACGCCGGCGAUAGCGCCGCUGAUCUGGAGGCCAUGCUUGAGAGCGAUGGCGACGAGUAAAGUCGAUGCCAUGCCC